AUGGCAUCGCUUCUCAGCUCACUCAACGACCGGCUCGCCGACCCCAAGUACCAGCUUUCCGUGGCCUCGAUAGGCGGUAUCGUCUUCGUGCUCGCUUGGAUCCUGCUGUUCUUCACCGAGCUGAGUACUCUCCAGAAAUUGUAUAACAAUGCUGGCUACCUCGCCCAAUUUGUCUACGCAUGCUUCUUCAAGCCCCAUACUGGAGACGGAACCGGAAGUCAGCAAGAUGCUCUCGAAAGCUUUUACAAGUCUCAGGCGAGUAUCUACGAUGCCACACGAUCGCGGCUCUUGCAAGGAAGAGAAGACAUGCUAGCUCUUGUAGCAGCCCAGGUCAAGCAUCGACAGGGUACCGGUCAGGCAACCACCAAGCCAAUUUGGGUGGACAUUGGUGGUGGUACAGGCUGGAAUAUCGAAAACAUGGGUCAACACGUCGAUGUGCCCAACUUCUUUCACGCUGUCUAUCUCGUCGAUCUGAGCACUUCUCUCUGCGAGAUUGCACGGAAACGAUUUGAAAGACUGGGCUGGAAGAAUGUUCACGUCAUAUGCGAGGACGCCAGAAUCUUCCGCCUCGCAGACUACGAGGCUGGGAUCGAGGACGAGAAACGCGACUUCAGCAUUGGUCGUUCUGCAUACGGAGACGAGGCACGCGACAGUGUCGGUGCAGACGUUCUCACCAUGUCGUACAGCCUGAGCAUGAUUCCAGAGUUUCAUCCGGCCAUUGACAGCGUUGCAAGCCUACUGGCUCCCAAUGGAAUCGUUGGUGUGGUCGACUUUUACGUCCAAAACAAGGUCGAAUUUGCAAGCCGCAACUACACUGGCGGCAGCAUCGAUAGGCAUUGCAUGUGGAUCAGCCGUGUCUUCUGGAGGACUUGGUUUGAGCUCGAUCGAGUCAAUCUCGAAUCUGCUCGACGCGACUAUAUUGAGUACAAGUUCGGCACCAUUCUCAGCACGAACCGGAGAUGUCACCUUCUCGGCUUCCGCAUUCCCUACUACAUCUUCAUCGGGUGCGCUCGUACCACAAUCAAUCCACUCCAACAAAUGGCAGUGGUCGACGCGGCCGUCACCGAGAGUCCCUUUAUUGCCGCACUCGACAUCCACGCGCAGAGUCUCGUCCGCAAGACCCGCCGCAGUUCUAGCACGGAGCGUCGAAGCAAAUCUUACGAUACAGCGGUGGUGAAUCUCGCUGCCAGUCUCCCACUGCCAGCCGCGUACUAUCAGAACAACAAGACUCGUGUCUACUACGACGACACUCUCCCGAAGCAUCGCCAAUUCAACGAGGAGUACAUCUACAGUUUUACCUGGGAGGACGCUCGUGUCGAUUCUCGCCUGCUCAAGAUUACAUCCGACGAUGUCAUCCUGGCCCUCACGAGUGCGGGUGACAACAUUCUCAGCUACGCAUUGGAGCGACCCAAACGCAUACACGCUGUCGAUCUGAAUCCCGCGCAGAACCACCUUCUCGAGCUCAAAGUUGCUGCAUUCCGUGGCCUGGACUACCAAAAUUUCUGGAAGCUGUUCGGCGAGGGCAAGCAUGAUGACUUCCACAAGCUACUCGUGGAAGAUUUAUCGCCACAUCUGUCGUCUCACGCAUUUGACUUUUGGCUUCACGCAGGUCCUUCGACUUUUGAUAGUCGUGGCAAGGGACUCUACUUCACAGGCGGUAGCCGACACGCUCUCAAGCUCAUUUCGUGGCUCGGCAGCCUGUUGGGUAUUCGCAAAGACAUGGACAAGCUUGGUGAAGCACAAACACUGGCUGAGCAACGCGAGAUUUGGACCAAGCGUGUUCGCAAAGUCCUGUUGUCGCAGCUUCUGGCAUACUUUGUUGUGGGAUCAGAGCGAUUCCUCUGGAAAGCGCUUGGUGUGCCUGGCGAGCAGCGGGCCAUGAUUGAGGAAGACUUCAAGCUCCAGCUCGAUCGUGGCGAUGCUGUCAAGGCAGAUCGAUCUGGCGAGAAAAGCGGCACGGGGGAGCCAGGUUCAGUAGGCGCCGUGAAGAGCGGGCAGGCGAUCUGGAACUAUGGUGUCCAGACACUUGAUCCUGUUGCAAAUGAGACCCUUCUCAGCGAGGACAAUCACUACUACCUGCUAUGCCUACUCGGUCACUAUACCCGCCGCUGCCAUCCGACCUACCUCACCCCGAAAGCCCACGUCACGCUCUCCGGCCCUGGCGCCCUCGAGAACAUCCGCAUACACACGGACGAACUUGCCGAAGUGUUUGCUCGCAUGCAACCCGAAGCCCUGACCAUUGCAGUUCUCAUGGACAGUAUGGAUUGGUUCACACCCGGUGGUCCUGAAGCUCCCGCGCAAUGCAAGGCUGUCAAUCGCGCUCUCAAGCUGGGCGGCCGAGUCCUGAUUCGAAGUGCCGGUCUCAAUCCAUGGUACAUGAGAGUGUUUGAAGAAUAUGGAUUCAGCCCGAAGAGAGUUGCGGCGAGAAUCCCUCCGGGGACGUGUACGGAUCGCGUGAAUAUGUAUGCCAGUACGUGGAUAUGUACCAAGACGGUGGGGUUACCCUUGGAGGAUGAGGAGGUGUCAUGAGGCCGGAGGGAAGAGAGCUGAAUGUGGAGGCAGAUGUAUAGAGUCUAGAUUGACGAUUUGAUGAUGGGUAGGUUGUUGUUGAUGAUUCAAGCAUUUUUGAAAGAAGACGCGAAAUACC